UCUCCCUCUCUCUCUCCCUCAUUCCUUUCUUGACCAGAUGGUGAAGAAGAAGAGUUGGCUCCUCUGCUUCUUCCUCCACUUCCAUCUCUUCUGCUCUUCUCUUGCCAAUGGAGGCAUCCUAGGUGGAAUCAUUACUCAAUCUCCCCCUGGCUUCUCUAGUUCCAGGCUCUACGAUGCGUACUUGGCUCUGCAGGCAUGGAAGUCUGCAAUCACAAGAGACCCAUUUGGCAUCACAGCAACAUGGGUAGGCCCAAACGUCUGUUCUUACAAGGGAAUCUUCUGCUCAGACUCGCUGGACAUGGUCUCCGGUCCGGUGGUUGCCAGCAUUGAUCUCAACCAUGGCUACCUUGAGGGCUCCUUGGUGAAGGAGCUCUCGUACCUCCCAGACCUCUCAAUCCUUCACCUCAACUCCAACAGGUUCUCUGGCGCCGUUCCCGACUCGUUCUCUGCGUUGGUCUAUUUGUCAGAGCUUGAUCUCAGCAACAACCUGUUAUCAGGACCAUUUCCGGCCGUCAUUCUGCGUUUGCCAAGCUUGAUCUACUUGGAUUUGAGGUACAACCAAUUCAAUGGCGGGAUUCCUGAUGAACUAUUUGGUAUGAAUCUCGAUGCAAUCUUUCUGAACAACAAUGAGUUUGAAGGUCAGAUACCAAUGAGUUUAGGGAACUCCCCUGCUUCUGUCAUCACCUUGGCGAAUAACAAGUUCAGUGGGAACCUACCAACAAGUUUUGGUUACGUCGGUUCCAGGCUAAAAGAGAUUCUGUUUAUGAACAACCAGCUAACCGGGUGCAUACCCGAAGGAGUCGGAUUUUUGUCGCAGAUGAUGGUCUUAGACUUGAGCUACAAUUCGCUCAGUGGGGAGCUUCCUGACUCUCUCACUUGUUUGUCAGGGAUCGAGGUGUUCAAUAUCGCUCACAACGAGUUCUCUGGAAUACUUCCUGAUAUACUCUGCUCACUGAGCAGCUUGGCUAAUCUGACUGUUGCCUACAACUUCUUCUCUGGAAUUAGUAACCAAUGCUCGAGGUUGGUGAUCAAGAAUGUGGGGUUCGAUCUAUCUGGGAACUGCAUUCCAGGGAGAAUGAUGCAGAGGCCUGAGCCUGAGUGUUCUGGUUUUCAGGGAGGGCUGAACUGCAUCAGGAUUCCUUCUCCCAAGCCUUUCCUUUGCAGGCCUUUGUUGGAGGAGCCAGCAAUGAAUUUGGUCUCCAACUUCCUGCCACCCAGCUUUCCUUCUCCAUGAAAGCACAACGAAGCAGUUGUCUUCUGGUAAAAAGAAAGCGUUUUUUUUUUCCUCUUCCUCUUCACUGCUUUGUACUAUUAAUGAUUUAUUGUUUCUGAUUGGUGAACUUAACUAAAUAGAUGUAACAGUGGAAAAUCUGUAACUAUUUCUACAAA